UGAUUGCGGUUUGACUGGUAGUGGUCUUAGCUGGUCCAUAACACUUUUGCUUGUCUCCAUCAUCUGCUGCAUAAAUCAAGCAUUGAGUGACAAGUGCAUUGGACAACUCAAUAAAUUCUAAUGUAUUGCACAUUUAAAAAUAUAUAUAGUAGUAGCUAGAUGACCCUUCACACACACAAAUACAGUUACAGAGAGUGUGUCAGUGUAAACCAUAGUAAACUUAGCUAUGGUGCAUACUAUUCUGUAGCAGCUCAUCUCACGAGCCAUGUGACAUAGAGAGAGUCUCUUCUACAGCACUGAAAGGGAAGCAGAGCAACCCCCUUUCAGAAGCGCUGAGUGAACAUGUGUGGCUCACGACUGGCCAGGAUGUUCUUUAAUAUACGGUUGCUAUGGAAAUGGAUGACAUGAAUGGAUCAGUACGGCUAAAAAAUCUCCUCGACCCCUCCUCACCUCGUGUUUUUACAGAAAUCACUGCGAACAACCUGACGCGUCAUAAGGAGAUCGGCUGAGUCCAGUGGAGCUGGCGCUGAGCAGAGGGGCUGAGGAUUGGCUUCUGCCCGCUCUAGCACCAGGAUCCUCUACAGCCGUCUGGGGUGAGGGGUGGAGGAGACGAGGUGCCUGGCUGGGGCUGGGUGGAUGUUGCCUGGAGGAGGGGGGGCCACGGCAGCAGCAGAGGCAGCGGGAGGAAGAUGGCAUCCACAUGCAUGCAGAUCUUCGCCUUCAUCCUGGCAUUGCUGGGCAUCAUGGGGGCCAUGGUGGCCACACUGCUGCCCAAUUGGAAGGUGAGUGCUGAUGUGGGCUCCAACAUCAUCACAGCCAUCUCCCAGAUGCAGGGGCUGUGGAUGGACUGCACCUGGUACAGCACCGGCAUGUUCAGCUGCACCUUGAAGUACUCAGUGCUGUCGCUGCCCGCCUACCUGCAGACUGCCCGCACCACCAUGGUGCUGUCCUGUGUGAUGGCUGCCAUGGGCCUGUGCCUGGCCUCCCUGGGCCUCAAAUGUACCCGCUGGGGAGGCGGCCGGCGCUCCAAGAGGCAUGCGGCCAUCGCCAGUGGGGGCUGCUUCAUCGCCGCCGGCUUCCUGUGCCUGGUGCCCGCUUCCUGGUUCACCAACGAGGUCAUCACUAACUUCCUGGACCGCAGCGUGCAUGAGAGCAAUAAGUUUGAGCCCGGGGGGGCCGUGUACGUGGCCUUCCUGUCGGCAGGCUUCCUCUUGGUGGGGGGGUCCAUCUUCUGCGUGUCGUGCUCGGGGAAGAGGCCCGGUCACCAGGACAUGAUCUUACUGCCCCCCCCCAAUAAACUCUUACUGCAGCAGAAACAGCAGCUCCUACAGCAACAACAGCUCCUACAGCAACAGCAGCAGGACCAGCUCCAGCACCAGUACUGCUCCCUCUCCCCACUAGACAAUAAGACAGGCUACAGCCUGCAGGACUAUGUGUAGGCUAAAGCAGCAAGCCACUUGCUACUGCUAGGCAGACCAGUUAGGGGAAACAACUACGGCUUACAUUGAGUAAGAGAUGGAGGAGGAGGAAACGAGAGAGGAGGGGAUCGACUUUGAUGGCGGUUUUUUUUCUCCCCCCAUCAUAUCUCUUUCUUUCUCCCCUCUUUUUCUGUUCUGCGAGCACAAGCAGUGGAGGUAUUCCCCGAGCAGCCCCUUGGACAGACGGAUGGUGAAUGUGAAAUGCAGCACAGCCGGGGGAGGAAGGAAGGCGCUGCAGAAUGGGAGGGGAGCCGCAGCUGAACACAUGCAGAUACCCCAGCAGUCAUCAGUAAAUCACAUUGAGUUCCCGGGGGAAUGGAUCAGCUGAUAACAAGCCUCCUGUUAAUUUCCUUUUCCUCGCCAAAGGUUUGAAUUAAUAAGCAAUCAUUUAGCUGCUAAUAAUCGUUUGGUAACCACCUAUUCGGCAAGUCGGCAAUAUUUAUAUUAUUGUCUCAAAGAGGCAAUAAAAGUAUGUGGAAUUCCCUUUUCAUAAGCAAGCUACUGUUGUUUUGAACUAUCCACUAGAUAUGCUAGUUGUUGGGACUGAUUUAAGAAACUGUCUUAUUUUUGUAGCUAAUGGACUGACUGAUAUUUUUGCCUAAGCAUGCUGUCUGGAGCCUGUCUGUGUAUAAUGCAGAGGAAUGCCUGUUAGAGACUGAGACGUACGUAGUGUAGCCAACACAAUGACUAAAAAGCUGUAGUACAUUAUCCUUCCCGCUUAAACUGUUCAAAGAGUGCUGUCAGAAUUAGUAAAUAGGGUUCUGGGUUUGGAGAUGGAACAGAACGGCAUACAAACAAAAUCCUGGAUCUCACCCUGCAGGUAGAGACAGAGAGACAAACAGACAGAGGGAGAGAGACAGAGAGAGACAGAGAGAGAGAGAGACAGAGA